GCUCUGCGGAGGAAGUGUGCUGCCUGCAAGAUUGUGGUCCAUAAUGCAUGCAUGGAGCAGUUAGAGAAGAUUAAUUUUCGCUGCAAACCAACUUUCCGAGAAGGGAGCUCCAGAUCUCCAAGAGAAAACUUUGUCCGACAUCACUGGGUACACAGACGGAGGCAGGAGGGGAAAUGUAAGCAGUGUGGAAAGGGCUUUCAGCAGAAAUUCUCCUUCCAUAGUAAAGAGAUUGUGGCCAUCAGUUGUUCCUGGUGCAAGCUGGCGUUUCAUAACAAAGUCACCUGCUUCAUGCUACAUCACAUUGAGGAGCCGUGUUCUCUUGGGGCUCAUGCAGCUGUCAUUGUGCCUCCCACCUGGAUCAUUAAGGUGAAGAAACCUCAGGGGGUCUCCAUACCAGGAGACGAGCCUGAUUGGGCAGGAGACUGGAGCCCCGAAGGGGAAACGGGCGUCUCCUACCCCUAUUGGGAGGGUUGGCAGAACUCAUUAAAGACUUCAACACGGCGAAAGAAGAGGACAUCUUUUAAAAGAAAGCCAGCAAAAGAGGCAAUGAUGAUAACAAAGGUCGGCCAUUCGUGAUAAAGCCUAUUUCCUCUCCACUCAUGAAACCACUGUUGGUUUUUGUAAAUCCAAAAAGUGGAGGGAACCAGGGCACCAAGGUUCUCCAAAUGUUUAUGUGGUAUUUGAAUCCACGCCAGGUCUUUGAUCUCUCUCAGGAAGGGCCAAAAGAUGCG